CUUCGCAGGCUGGCUCAGAGUUAACUGUUCUUCCCAAUGAGGAGAGGAGAGCCAGUGUGGAGCUUCGUCUUCUGAGGAACGGAAUAGAGCGAAUAAAUCAUCGUAAAAUAAGAAAACGGCAGGUCUGGGAGCAGAUCGGGCGAGAUGGGGAACCGAGUAGCCCGUGAGGAUUACGAAUGGGUGUACACAGACCAGCCCCAUGCCGACCGGAGGAAGGAAAUCCUGGCAAAAUAUCCAGAGAUCAAAUCUCUGAUGGGUCCGGACCCCAGGCUGAAAUGGAUAGUCUGUAUGAUGGUUGGAAUUCAGUUCCUGGCCUUCUAUUUAGUCAAGGACUUGGAUUGGAAGUGGGUGUUGUUUUGGACGUACGUGUUCGGGAGUUGCAUAAACCACUCCAUGACUUUAGCCAUUCAUGAGAUUUCCCACAACACGGCGUUCGGCAACAACCGAGCCAAGUGGAACCGCUGGUUCGCCAUGUUCGCCAACCUCCCCAUCGGAUUGCCCUACUCUGCGUCUUUUAAGCGCUACCACCUAGACCACCACCGCUACCUGGGUGGCGACGGCGUGGAUGUAGACAUCCCUACGGACUUCGAAGGCUGGUUCUUCUGCACACGUUUCCGUAAAUUUGUUUGGAUUAUUCUGCAGCCGCUGUUCUACGCCAUAAGGCCGCUCUGCAUCAACCCCAAGCCCAUCAGCCACCUGGAGCUCGCCAACGUUGCCGUCCAGUUCACGUUCAACGCUCUGCUCUACUGGCUCUGGGGGGCCAAACCCAUGGUGUACAUGCUGGCCGGCUCGAUGCUGGGCAUGGGGCUCCACCCAAUCUCUGGACACUUCAUCGCUGAGCAUUAUAUGUUCCUCAAGGGCCACGAGACGUACUCUUACUACGGCUCUCUGAACCUGCUCACGUUUAACGUGGGAUACCACAACGAACACCACGACUUCCCCAGCAUCCCCGGCAGGAGGCUACCACUGGUGAAGAAAAUAGCCCCUGAGUUUUAUGACGACCUGCCCUGCUACACGUCCUGGGUGAAGGUCCUGUACGACUUUAUCAUGGACGAUGAGCUGAGUCCAUACUCUCGGGUGAAGAGGAAGCUGAAGGGAGACAUUAAGCUGGAGUGAGCGGUCCGGUCUGGUCCAAACUGGACGCCGGGGGCCUCCACAACCAAAACCGGAGGACGCUAUUGCUAACCUCUCACGCCGCUAACCGCUUCAGCAAAGUAACGCAGAGACAGUGUGAUCGAUGAGCGUGUUACUGGCGUUGAAGAAGAGCGAAUGAAAUUAUAGUCUCAAGCCAUUUCAAGUUUCAAAUCUUUACUUCGAACUCCAUCGCAGAACAAAAAAACGGGAAUCAUGCCUUCUAACACACGUUUUUCAGCUCUAAUCCACAGCUUCUCUAAGUCUCACACGUCUGAUAAAUCUGAUCAUGUAUUGUCUCACAUACGUUCUGCACUUUUUUAACCAUGAACUGUGUAACUGCCACCUUUUAGUGUGUGUUUUUGUUCUCGACCAAAAUCAUUUUAAAGCUUUUUCUAUGUAUAAAAAAACACGUGUUCCUGCUCAGUUUGUCUGAUUUAAAUUAAUGUCUGCCUGUCACCAUAAACAUGUCGGUUGCCCUUG